AUGGCAGCCGCCAUCGAGAUCCCACCGGCACCCUCAAUACACACAAAACAGAUGGCGACCAAAGCACACAGCUGUCCGCAAUGCGGCACCAGUUUGCCUGUGGAGAGAGAAGUUGAGGGCGCGCAGCGGCGCAUAAGAGAGCUGGAGUCGCAGGUGGAGAUGCUGAAGGAGAAGGCGACUGCUGCUGUGGACAAAUGCGCCGACUACGAAGACCAACUGCGCAACAUGCGAGCCGCACAGAGUGGCCUCCCGCGAUCGAAUACCUCCGAUUCCCUCGCGCCCGGCAGACCCUCGAACGAAGAGCCGCGCCCCUCAACCGCAAACUCCACGUCCGCUAAGCAAUCCCGCUUCUCCUUCCUCACCGGCCGCCGUGGCUCACCUGCGCAAGGCCAGCCCGCUGUGCCUGCACCUCCAACAUCGAUCUCGGACGCCGAGCUCCUCGAGCAACUGGAGAAGGAGCGCGCGCUGCGGGCUAAGGCGGAAGAGAAGGCACGCAAAGUAGAUAGCGAGAUCGAGGAGCUGAGCGUGCAGCUCUUCUCGCAAGCCAACGAGAUGGUGGCUGCGGAGCGCAAGGCGCGGGCGAAGCUCGAGGCGAGGGUCGAGCAGCUAGAGAAGAAGGACAAGGACAAAAUGGCUAGGCUGGAGAGGCUGGAGAAGGCGGUCACUAGAAUUGACCGCGUUAAGGCCAUGCUAGCCGCUCCUACGCCUGCGGCUGCGCCCGUGCAGAAGAAGGGCUAA